AUGAAAGUCAUAUUGGCAUUAUGCGCGAUAUGGUUGCAUUGUAAUAGCAGCAUUGAUGCAUUGCGUUGUGACUUCGCAGAUCCAGAUGGGUUACUCAAGAGCAAUGCUCUCGCUAGGUGCCACGUAAACAUCGAAGAAUUUGAUUCCGCAACUGUGAUCUGUCCACGUACAGUCGCCGGCACCGACUAUGUCUUGCAUCCGCAACCGAACUCGUAUGAAAACUCUCAUAUCAAUACGUACGUGAGUUAUGAUGGUACCUUUCGCUCUGUUGCUCUCUCCGACGUAAUCGCAACGGAUGCCCCGGCUGCAUUUGCCUCAGUGGAGUUGGAUCAGUUGCAAACCACUCUAAAUAUAGAUUUAUCGGCUGUCGGACUCUUUUCCAUCAUUGAACGCCGCCUAAUGUUCAUCUGUGGGCCUAGAGAUUUGGAUUUGAGUGGUGCAUUGCAACGUCACCUUAAUCGCCUCAAUGGUAUCAUCCAAAUGGAAGAAAUUCCUUGGAAUCCAGCCACACCAUUGACUGAGGAAAUAAGAAAAAUACGAAGUGGAUUGGGAGUCUUUUUCUUAUACAGAGGAAAUGUGCAUCUACCUCUUCAAGGCUGUGGCAGUCGCCCAUCGCCACUCUUCGCUCCGGGUAAUGAUGUGACCGUGGACCCCAUCACUGGCGUCCGUUCAUGUGUGGCGGAUCCAAUGUCACAAUCACGCAUCGGAUUUGUUUGCGAAGGUCGUCUUGAACCUGAGGAUUGCAUGAGAUCCCUUACUGGCCAGUAUGGCGAAGAUGUAGUCAUCCCUACGCCACACUCAUAUAUGAAAUUCGAUUACCAUAAACCUUGGGUAGUAGCCAAGUAUUUUAACGGAUUGGAAUUACCACGCUUCCAUGGAGAAUGCAGAUGCAUCGAUUCGGAUAAUGGUCAAGUGAAGGCCAGGAUAGAGAUUCGUACUAAAACGGAUUACGUUUGUGAUAUUACUAACAUGAUCUUUCGCAACGAUUUCCGCCCAAUCCGAGGCCCUUGGUGUUCGUUCGUACUACAUCCAGGCAGCACAUUGACUAUAAGGUUCCCACCAGAGGAUGUUGAUGAGGAGCCCUCCGAAAAAGAUUCAACAUCUGGGCCACCCUCUCAAAAGCCUCCUAAAUAUUUAUUCACGACCCGAUUUAUGCCAACAGAUUUGGUGACACUGCGACAAUUGAAAUCGAUUUAUGAAAUUGACGUGUAUGACGAAGUCUUGUACAAGAAAGCAAUUGCAGGCGAUGCCCUAGAAUUGGACGUUUCACAAAUAUCCAAAGGGGAAGUCAAACUGAAGUACCAUGACAACAAACCUCUCUCAUUACGAUUGGGACCAAACUCGUUCUAUUUCCACUGGACACUAAGAGCUAUCAAUAAGUAUACCUUUAAAAGCAUAACUGCACCGGUGGACAUAUCCUUUGCGUUUACGCAUAAUUACAAGAUGGUAGGGUGUGACAGCGGGGCAGAGAGCCUAUUUGAUACAGACAUGAGCAGGGCAUAUUGUUCAACCAAAUCUAUGGGAAAUGGAAUAGGGGAUAUUUAUGAGUGUUCUUACCCUAUUAAGUGGGAGAGGUUGCAGACGGGCAUUCACUGCGGACCAGACGGGGAACUAGUGCCGGACAAUUGUGAAUCCACAGGAUACGAUCUCUACUCAAACAGGAUUAUUCCAUCGCCGGGAUCUGUGCGUAAUGCAACUCCAUACCCUAUUCGAGGAUUUCAAAUAUUCGACAUUGAAUUGAACUACAAUAUCCCUGUCAGUUAUGCUUGCUAUUGUGUCGACAAAUUCGGAUACGCAACCUCUAGGCUUGUUUUAACGCACAACUCUCAGUACGAUCAGACCUAUCUUGUGCGGCGCAAAGCGGAUAAUCGCAUGUUACCCCCUUAUGUACUGCUUCCUUGGGGGGAUGCAGGAUUAUCUAACGAAGCAUCCACAGCACCCAACUCGCUUAUGCUCGAAAACAUAUCGCAGGAGUCUGUUAUACUACACGUGGGCACAAGCGUGUUUAUGUCUUGUGAGCCCGAGCUGCAGAACGAUGCUAAUAACGGACUUAUAAAAACGACAUGGCUGCCAAAGCAGCACCACUUAUUCUAUUAUACCGUAAACGAGACACCACAUGGAUUUAAGCUGAUACGUAAAGGGUACGAAGAAUCUAUAUCUGCCACUCCAGGUGCCUUGGAAUUCACAUAUUUAAAUAUUGAUGGAACCACUGUGUAUCAAACGAUGGUGCUCAAAUCUCAUCGAGGCGCCAUUCUCAUAUCUAAGCAUUCGUUUCACAAGAAACAUGUGCCCAUUACAUUUGUCUGCGGCAAGACGCCCGAACCAUCGGAUUUGUCCGUUUCUGGUGACACAUAUGCAUCGCCGCACCCCUCUAUCGCACUAUCCUCAGCACCGUACACGUGGAACGUGGUUCAAGUUGCCGUCGAGACCACCGACCCCUACAUGCAGGGUUGCGGCGUCACAUACGCGUCAGAUGAGUUAUUCAAGCCUGAGACUCCCCAACUCUACGACGCUGAUGGGAAAUCUCACUUCGGGUGCAAGAUCGACAUUCAGGCUGCCAAGGAAGCGGCGUUCUACUGCCCAGCGCCGUACGUCUUGGACCCACUCAACUGCUUCAGCCAAGUUUACGUGGACGGUGAAGUAAGGAAGACUCGUGACAUCAGCGAAUCGUUAGUAGCGUUGCGAUCUAACCACUUCGUCAUCCUGAGCCUCGACAGUUCACUCGUAGGACCCGGGGAGACGCUGCACCAGACGCCGCCAUUUCAAUGCCGCUGCGUCACCGUCAAGGGCGCCGUACUCUUAACCAUCCAGAUAGGGAACUAUUAUUCUACAUGA